AUGAGUCGAAAGGCCCCCAUCCGUCCUGAACAAGGAUCUUACGUACAAUUCCAGCUUCAGGCAGGCCAGAACAAGCCACCAUAUAGGCGCGACAAAGAUAUCCUAGCAAAGUUGAAGGACUCAAUACCGCAGGACGAAGCCCAAUGGCAACAGGCCAGACAGCUGAACGGCUACGCCACUACGGAGGAUGUCCUCCAAACGACCAAGGAUAUUUUAGAGAACAGAAUCGCGAAGCAAGAAUUGCGUAAUUUCAUCUGUAUCGCAACCUGUUGUGUUAAUUGGCAUCUUGGUCAGAAAACGAAAGCCUAUAACACAUUCAAGUCCCAAAUCAGCUCGGCAACUGAACUAACGAUACAGAAGUACAUGUCGUCAGUGCGGGGUAUGGUUCAGCUGUUAGACCCGGUGUACCUUACUGGAUUGCGACACCGCGCUUUCGAAGGUGUUUUGCUAUAUGCCCGUAUCGGCCCAUCCUUUCUUACUUACUAUAACAAGGAUGUAGCUGAGUUUAAUACCUGCUUCUCUGCGCCGUUAUGUCUGGGACCUGAAGUACAAGCAUCUCUGCCACUCUCUCUUGCAUUUAUCAUCAAGUAUCGGCAUACAGAGGAAUAUAGCUACACAGAUAUUUGUGACGCUCUAGGUACAUAUGUGCUAGAUGAAACGGCAUAUGCUAAAUUUGUCCUAACUCUUGAGAACGGAAAACCAGUUCCGUGUGUGCUUCCAUACCCCGAAGAAGCGGAGGAUAUAAGGCCAAAUCGACAUGAUUCGUCCAGCAUAGACUUGGAGCAAGCCGACGUUGCUCCUGAACACUCCCCGACAGGAGAAACAUUCCAGCUACCCACGACUUUUAAGAUCGACUUCAAAGUCUUCGCCACUUCAGAAGCUCUCCAGCAGAAGGUAAAGCAGCUACAAGAACAAGGCCAAAUUACAAUCCUACCAGUUAUCAGUAAUGCACCGCUCAAAGAACUGCAAUGGACUCCGCGUCACGAAAUAGCCGCGAAUCAAUUGGUUGACGACCUAAUCGAAGAUGGCACACUGCCGCGAAAAUCUUUGCGCAGAUACAAAUCUUCAUACCAACAUGACCCCGGAUCUGUUGCUGUCCCUACAGGCUGGAUCAAAAUCAUCCUACCUUGCUGUAUAGCUGGCGAGGUUGGCCCGGUGUCGAUCCGAGGUCCCGAUAUCGAAACAAGUAUCGAAUGGACCAAUUGUCACGGUUUUGUUCUUGGAGAACAUAUGCUUUUUUUCACAUUAAAAACGUUGUUCUACAUUUCAGUAUCGAUUCCUGUAUCACAAGACGAAAGACAUGAAAAAUGA